AUGCUUAGGGAGUCAGUAAUUGAAGCUAUAAGUGUUCCGGCCUAUUGGUGUCACACUGGUAAUCUGAUAUCUUUAGCCACUACAUCUUCAUUCUUGUCAACUACAACUUCAGGCUCUGUUUCAGUGUCAACCACAAGUUCCUCGGCAUCAAUCUCAAUUACCACAACCACCCCGACGCCAUGUUUUUGCACAGCCUGGUCGCAGAUAUCCCCGGCGGUAGCAGCUUGCAUGUCCAUCACACUAGACAACAUUCAUGCACCAGCAAGCAGCGCAAUAAUUCUCACCAAACUCAAAACUGGAGCCACAGUCACAUUCUCAGGAAAAACAAGUUUUGCGUUCACAAACAGUUCCCAGUUCAGACCUCUUCAAAUUGCAGGCAAUAAUGUGACAAUACAAGGCGCACCCGGAUCCAUCAUUGACGGAGGUGGUCCUCAAUACUGGGAUGGACUUGGCUCAAAUGGAGGACUCCCGAAACCUGGCCAGUUCAUGAAAGUUCAAAUCACAAACAAUUCUAUUAUGAAGGACCUGUACAUUCAAAACUACCCCUCCCAUGGAAUCAACGUUGCAGGAGUCCUAAAUUCGACAAUCCAAAACAUAGUCCUCAACAAUUCACUCGGGGACGCUCCAAAUAGUAUUAGUAAAGGGCUUGCAGCGGCUCAUAACACUGAUGCUUUCAAUGUUGGAAACUCAAUCAAUCUACUCCUGCAAGACUGCAAAGUGUGGAACCAGGAUGACUGUGUCGUUGUUUCGGAUUCUAGCAAUGUUACGGUUAGGAACGUGUUCUGCUCGGGGAGUCAUGGAUUAUCGAUUGCUGGUGGUGGGACGGGACCUGGGCAUAAUAUCUCUAACAUUGUGUUCACGGACUCCAUCGUCACAAAUUCGACGAAUGGGUUGCGAAUCAAAACAGAUUACAACGCCACUGGGAGCGUGGUCAACGUCACGUACUCUAAUAUCCAACUUUCGAAUAUUAAGACUUACGGGAUUGAUAUUCAGCAAGAUUAUCUUAACGGCGGACCGUCUGGCAUAGCAAGCAAUGGGGUAAAAGUUGCGAAUAUCAGUUUUUCUAAUAUAUCUGGAUGGGUGGUCCCAAAGGCAGCGGACUAUUAUAUAUUCUGUGGCGAUGGGAGCUGUGGAGACUUUACUUUUGAUAAUGUGGAUAUUAGAGGUGGCACGAAAGCGAGUAGAUGUAACUAUCCAGCUGAGGGAUGCCCUGGGCCAUAUACGGCGGAAUACAGGUAG